AUUUUGCAAAUCCGCCUCCCUUUCAUCUGCCCAAGCAAAGACGGGUGGAAGCCAAAGCACAAACACAAGCACGGCCACGCACAGAGGGUGUUAGAGAGAGAUGGGGAAGAAAGCGAAAACCUCAAGAAAAGGAAAGAAAGCAUGGAGAGCGAACAUUAGCACAGAAGACAUCGAUAAUUUCUUCGAGAAAUCAACAAAAGACGCUCUUACUGGCGGCUCUCUUGCACAUGUCGAAACCGACUCCCUCUUCUUCGUCGACAAAUCCAAAGAUCUUUCUGUGAAGCGGAAAAUUGAGAAACACAGGGAGAAAGUGCUUCGGUGCGACAGUGUGCUGCAGAAAAACCCUUUUGUUCAAGCGGUGCCCUCAUCUUCGCUGAAGAGAUGCAAGAAAAACAAUAAGAAUAAGAAAGAUUCUGAAGCAAAAGAUGCGACUCAAGAUGGUUCCAAGGAUGGUGCUGUUUUGGGUUCAGAGAUGGCUGAUAUAUGGGAAAAAGAAGGCGAAUGCGAUGCCAUAGCUAGAAAGAUAUCCAAACCUUCAGUUAUUCCAGCUGUGGAAGUUGAGCCUCCAGGAUGCUCAUUCAAUCCUUCAUUUGAAGCUCAUCAGGAUUCUUUGGCUCAAGCUGUUGCAACAGAAAUGCAGAAAGUUUAUCAAAAUGAGCUGGGACCUCAGCCUGUCCCUUUAACUGUUCCUGGACAAGUAAUUGAUGAAGAAGAUAUGUACUUUCUUGAUGCGGAUAAUGGGAAUGAUGGUGAUGGUGAUGACACCGAUGAAGAGAUCUUGAAUGAGAAUGAGGAUUCUGCACAAGAGCAAAGGCCCACUCAAACAAAGAGGGUGACACGAGUUGAGUUGAAUAAGAGAGCAAGGCGUAAAGAGCAGGAGAAAAAAGAAGCAGAAGUCAAGAAGAAACAGAAACUUUCUAAAGGAAUUGACAGUUUGCCAGAUAUCAUUCAGGAAAUAGCAAAAGAGGAUGAGGAGAAGCAUAAGAGAAACAUCCGGAGAAUAGUGGCUAAGCAAGAAAGACUAAAGGCGCGUCCACCUCGCCUGGGAAGGCACAAGUUUGAGCCUGCCCCUAUUCAAGUACCGUUAUCUGAAGAGAUUACUGGAUCCCUCCGGAAAAUAAAGGGUUGCUGCACCUUAGUAAAGGAUCGAUUUAAAAGCCUGGAGAAAAGAGGAUUGGUUGUUCCAACAGCCAAAACCAAAACCAAAAGGAAGUAGAAAGUGGUGGUUUCAUCGGUAGGGAUUCCUUGGUAGCUUUUACCGAGGCUUAGGUGUACCUCAUGGCAUUAAAGUACGAGAAGAAAGCGACCUUUUGAUGACGAAGGGAUAGCUUUACAUCCUGAUACUGAAGAUUUUGGCCUAUGUUAUUGAGUUUAUUACUACUUUCAAGCAAAUUUUGACUUACUUUCAGACGGAGUCAUGUACCAAGUUAAAUUGUUCUGCGUUUGCCUAUUAUUGAAGAAAUAGAUUAUUUAUAAUCGAAGCAAGAGAAUGCAGUGUAGUUUGUUAUUUA